UGGGGUCAUACGUCAGAGGGUAAAGGCGACCACAAGUUUGCAGUUUUUGUUUCGCACAUUUAUGAAGUUUUCUCGAUUUUUAUUGCUUUUUAGCGGGUCAGGUAAAUGAAAAUUGGGUUUAAAAUGAAGAUAAAGGUACCGAGUAUUCGUUUGUGCUGAUAGGGAGAUGCUGUAGAUAGAAAUUGGUCUCAAACGGGGGUUCAAACGCAAGUUGGAAACUUGACAAUGGGGAGGGGUAAACAGCAGAAUGGCCCAACCAAAGAGACCGCGGCACCUCCAAACGGCAGGGCGCAGACAGGGACGAAAGGGCGGCACCAGGACGGAGGGAAGCCGGAGCAACUCGGCCUCCAGACGUGGGGAGUUUUUGCGGCUGUAGUGGCGCUAACUCUCGGCACAAGAUUCUACAAACUAGAGGAACCUGAUCAUAUAUGUUGGGAUGAAACCCAUUUUGGAAAGAUGGGCAGUUACUACAUCAACAGGACAUUCUUCUUUGAUGUCCACCCUCCCUUGGGGAAGAUGCUGAUAGGACUGGCAGGACACCUGACUGGUUAUGAUGGUACUUUUCCCUUUGACAAACCUGGAGACAAGUAUGGAGAAACCAAGUACAUAGGCAUGAGAAGUUUCUGUGUGUGCCUGGGCUCCACCGUGGUUCCCCUGGCGUUCCUGACAGUGUGGGAGCUGACGUGGUCUGUACCUGCUGCCGCUCUCGCUGCUGCUCUGCUGCUUUUUGACACAGGUUGCCUUACCCUAUCCCAGUAUAUCCUCCUGGAUCCCAUCAUGCUUUGCUUCAUCAUGGGAGCAGUCUUCUGUCAGUCAAAAUUUGACUCUCUCAGAAACAGACCAUUUUCCACGUGUUGGUGGGUGUGGAUGUGUGGUGCAGGCUGCUUCAUCGCCCUGGCCUUCAGUGUGAAGUUUGUGGGAUUGUUCAUUAUUCUGUGGGUGGGGCUGAAGACUGUCAGCGACCUGUGGGACCUGCUGGGGGAUCUCACCUUACCACUGAUGGUCAUUUUCAAACACUUCCUGGCUCGAGCCCUGUGCCUUAUAGUCCUACCGGCAGCCAUCUACAUUACCUGCUUUGCUGUUCACUUCCACACUUUGUACAAAAGUGGCUCUGGUGAUGGUUUCAUGAGCUCAGCCUUCCAGUCCACUCUUGAAGGGAACAAGCUGUACCAGGCAAACAUGCCGGAAGAUAUAGCGUACGGUUCCACCAUCACACUGAAGAACUUCCGGCCUGCAGGAGGGCUGCUCCACUCCCACUGGCACCUGUACCCCGAGGGGCUGGGGGCACAGCAGCAGCAGAUAACAGCAUACACACACAAGGAUGACAACAAUCUUUGGAUCAUCAAGAGAUAUGACAGAAACCCAAUUCCUGAAGACCCUUUACAGUUUGUGCAGAAUGGUGACCUUGUUCGACUGGAGCAUGUAGCGACCCAGAGAAAUCUCCACACACACCAAGAACCUGCCCCCAUCACAAAGAGACAUUUCCAAGUCACUGGGUAUGGACAGAAUGGGACAGGAGACAUAAAUGACAUCUGGAAGGUGGAGGUGGUGGGAGGGGCGGAGAAGAGCAGGAUCAAGACGGUCAGGUCCAAGGUCAGGUUCAUCCACUACAUGACAGGCUGUGCCCUCCACUCCCACUCCAAGACUCUCCCCAAAUGGGGCUGGGAACAGCUGGAGGUGACCUGUAACCCAUUCACUAGGGACAAGAACAACCUGUGGAAUGUAGAGGACCACAUCAACAACCAGCUACCCAACGGUACCUUUGCGGUGUACCAGCCAUCUUUCCUGGGGAAACUGCUGGAGUCUCAUGCAGUCAUGGUGCAGGGAAAUAGCGGCCUGAAGGCAAAAGAAGGGGAGGUUACAUCCCAACCAUGGCAGUGGCCACUCAACUAUAGGGGACAGAGAUUUUCAGGGGUUAAUGCAACAGACUACAAAAUCUACCUAUUAGGGAAUCCUGUUAUCUGGUGGGGUAACCUAGCCUUGCUGGCAGGAACUAUGCUGGUGUUCCUAGUGGAGGCUAUCAGGACACAGAGAGGGUUUGUGGACCCUCCUCACCUGGCAGAGAGAAAGUUGGUUACACUGUCAGCAGCAAGGUGGAUGGCUACAGGCUGGGCCCUGCACUACCUGCCGUUCUACUUCAUGGGGAGGGUGUUGUACUUCCACCACUACUUCCCAGCCAUGCUGUUCCAGUCUAUGCUCUCAGCUAUCAUGUAUGACUACUUUCUGCAAGUUGUGAAACAUAAAGUACAACCUGGUGUCUACAGAAGAAUACAUCAGUGGGGAACAGCUUUUAUUUCUAUCAUUUUAUUGCACAGUUUCUACUUGUUCCACCCCUUGUCAUACGGCAUGUUUGGUCCCCUGGCAGACAACCAGACCAGCCCAAUGUAUGGGCUAAAGUGGAUGGAAUCAUGGGAAAUAUGACAAUGGAAUAAUGGGAGAGGUGACAAGGGAAUUAUGGGAAAUAUGACAAUGGAAUCAUGGAAAAGAUGACAAUCAUCAUCAUCAUCAUCAUCGUCCCUGGCGGGCGGGGUGAGGCGUUGCACAACGUCUCUCCACAGCACGCGGUCUUUCAUGGCUGCUCCCAAGUCCUAAAAGAUGACAAAGGAAUCAUGGGAAAGAUGACAAUGGAAUCAUGGGAAAGGUGGCAAAGGAAUCAUGGGAAAGGUGGCAAAGGAAUCAUGGGAAAGGUGGCAAAGGAAUCAUGGGAAAGAUGACAAUUCUCCACUUACACACUUCCCAUAAUUAAGUGCGAGAGGGUUCCGGAUAUGGAUGUUACUUGGAUGCUACCACAGUUGCUCAGGGUGCGAAACCAGGGUGGAACCAGCUAAAACCUUCAGUACGAGGGCGGAAAAGCAUAUAAACUAAUAAGUUGUCUGGCGAAUAUAGUACAGUUAUCAUUUGGGCCGAGAAUCUUACAAGUUUUGUGGUCAGAAGUAACUACCUAACACGUGCACCACUGUGGCUGUUAGUUGGUUUCUUCCGAUGACCUCAAGGGCCACACCUUGGCGUUUCGUCUGCAGCCUUUGUUUUUUUCCUGUCGGAAAGUGAUUAAACCAUUGUCCUGUGAUCGGUUCCACACCAAACUAUCAUCUCCUUGAUGUUUUCUGUGUUCGGAAUUGGUUAGAACCAAUUUUCUGUGCCCUUGGAGUCAGUUCCGGAGUUCGGAGCAGCCAUAUCCGGAACCCUCUCGCACUUAAUUAUGGGAAGUGUGUAAGUGGAGAAUGAAAUCAUGGGAAAGAUGGCAAUGGGAUCAUGGGAAAUAUGACAAAGGAAUCAUGGGAAAGAUGACAAUGAAAUCAUGGGAAAUAUGAAAAUAGAUUUGUUUGCACCUUUUUGAUCAGUGAUGUUUAUGCCAGAAGCCAGAAAUUGAACUGUCAAGAAAUAAUUCUAUUGAUGAGGAUUAAUGAUCGUAUAGCCUUAUCUUUGUGGCAUGAAAAGUGUUGCAAUACAAAUGGUUCCACCGGAAUAUGUAGAAUAUAAGAUUAUAUGUGAUGACUUAAUGUCAUACUGUGAUGACAAUCAUGUUAUUGACCAGGUGAUAACUAACAGGUUAUCACAUGGGCUUCUACCGACACCUAGAAAAAAGUAUUUCUUCCAAUGUGCAAUGUUUUGUCCAAAUCUCGAAGGUCAGUUUGCUGUACUAAUAUAAUCUGGCCUGGACCUGAUCCUCUAAACCUGGAUCAGAUCUAGAUCUGAAUAUUCUGUACUAGGGGUGGGUACCCGUACAGAAAUUUCAGAUCCAGGUACGGUCCAGGUACAGAGGAUCAGGGUCUGGACCUGAACCUGAUUGUUUGCAACUGGGCGAUACCAAAAGCAAUUGUCCAUUUUGCUACAAAGGAUUCUAUUUGGUGGAGUAUCCGACACCCACUGGCAUUCUAUAAUCCUAUCUUCAUGUAAACAAUACUAACUGUCUCUGUUUUAGACCAAGUUUGACUGUAAAAACUUGGUAAAAAUGACCAUCAACUCUCUUCGCUCUUGUUUUUCAUAUAGAUGUUUAAGUCCCAAAACACGUGCUGCUGGUAUUAUCUGUUCAUUUUUUCAUUGUUCCAAAAUCCGGUCCACUGAUUUUUUUCAGGCCUGUUUUUUUCUGGACCGGUCCAACAAGAAAAAACGGUUUUGUACUGGUAGGCUGCAGCUGUACUGGCACACACUUCUAUUCUGUACUGGAGGAAUACUUUCCACUCUUUGCAGACCGGUUUCUCUGCCCUUCUACAUUGUAACUGUCGUGUAAACAGAUCUUCAGGAGGAAGGCCAACUGUUACAAAUUAAGCUGUUCUAUAGUGCAUAAUGUUCUCCUCUACAUGUAAGAUAUAGUUUUGAAAGUAGAGGUGAGAAAUGUAUCAGUGAAGUUUUACCUUAAAGUUUAUUUAUUUAGUCUUUAUGCUGAAAGCUGCCAUAUUGCAAUAAAAAAAGAUCGUAGUCUUUAACGUUA